CGCAGGCAGAGGCAAAACAGAAAGCAAGAGAAGAGAAUCAAAGAAGGAAAGAAAAGAUGAACAAGAAGGAGAUAUUCAAACUGGCAAAAGGGUUCAGGGGAAGAGCCAAAAACUGCAUAAGAAUAGCCAGAGAAAGAGUUGAGAAGGCCUUGCAAUAUUCCUACAGAGACAGACGCACCAAGAAGCGAGACAUGCGCUCCCUUUGGAUUCAACGCAUCAAUGCUGGCACUCGUCAACACGGCGUUAACUAUGGUAACUUUAUGCAUGGGCUGAUGAAGGAGAACGUCCAACUGAACAGGAAAGUUCUGUCAGAACUGUCGAUGCACGAACCUUAUAGUUUCAAGGCCCUUGUAGACAUCUCUCGUGAUGCCUUCCCUGGCAACAAAAACAUUGUGCUUCCUCCUAGAAAGGCGAACACUUCAAUUGAUGUGUAAAAUUAGUUACUCGGAUUACUCAUGCUUAACAUUGCCUUUUACUGCUUCUCUGAAACAGAACUCCCAUUGUUGACAUCAUUGUGUAUGAAAGUUUACUUAAUGUGAGUGAACUUCGGGUACAUGUUGGAGAUGAAUUUUAUUAGGUUGUUGCAGGGAUGUUGGAGUUAAUGGAAUAUUCUUGCCA